GGACUUUGCCUCGUGCUUGCUCCUUCUCCUCGACAGACCAGACUACAGGCCGGGCAUGAUCAAUGGACAACGUUUUCGCCAUCGGCGUUGGUCUCACUUUGCGCCUUGUGAUAAACACCGUCACCAACCAUAACCACCGCGUCAAUGGUUCGCUCGUCGGGCUCUGGGAGGGUGCUGUCCUCCAUCACUUCCUGGCCAAGUUUCCGCGUUCUCUUGAUCCGUAUGUCGCGUUCGGUUUUCGGCUUUUCGUCGACCUGCUCUUCACCACAAGCGUCAUGAGGCUGGCUAUCGUCGUCCUCUGGACGGGCCUUGGGAUGCUGCUGUCCGACGUCAGUUUCGAACUGCUAGAGGAUAGACGGUUCCGGCGGAUCUGGCGUCGUGUGCGACGGGCACUCCCCUCCUCGCUCAAGUCCCUCACUCCAGCUCGUUCCUCCUCCCGUGUCCAGUUUCUGCAAGUGCCCACUAGGUCCUCGACCGCCUCAUCUGCCAAUACCGCUCGCAGUCCAAUAUUGCGCUCCCCGCUUUCGCCGCAAUCAAGACCCCAGCUGCGUUCCCCUCUGUCCCCUCAGGCUCGGACUAUACCUGUUCCACGACCGGCACCGGCACCAGCACCAGCAUCCGUCCGCCGCCCAAGCGCACGCCCUCUGCCAGGCUCAUUCACUGACUUAUCCGAGGCAGAGACCGAUGCGAGUCGAGCGCAGCAGCGGGAUCGAACACGGACGCCGUCUGAACUCGAGUACAUCACGAUGCCUGUCAUCCCAGAUACCCCUGGAAUCGAGACUUAUCCUUCCUACAUUCGCCCGCCUGCGACUCGUUCUGUCGCAUCAGGGCUCACAACUUCUAACGAGAGCGAUCGCCUCCCUGCUGGCUCAGAGGGACGGCCGCACGACUAUUCCGGCCUCACUUCGCCCGUGGGACACCCGUCUAGUCCGGCGAGACGCGAUGAGUUGCCCCCGGUCACGAUCAUUGACUACGAUGAUCCUCAGGGCCAAAAUCGCACGCCAACUAAUGACUCUGUCGAACUACUCGACCCUCCCCCGAUACCCAUACCCAUGCGCCCACCGUCGGGAUUUGCUGAGUUUAUCCCUCCAGAACUCAUGGACCCCCGGCCUACUCCUAGCAUAGCGCCUGCCCUUGGCGACAUGCUCGACAUUUCAACGCCGGAAGAAGAGGGCGGGAAUCUCGAAGCUACGGAGCCACACGUGAAUGUGGCGCAGACAGAGAGGAGCACGGCGACGCGCAGUCCACCACCUGGGUAUACGCCGAAAGUGGGCGACCCAAUAGAAGCCGCCUCCCUGGCCGAAUCAGACGGCACGGCUACCAGUAUCAUUGCCAACGAGACGAGGAGCGUGCUAAUUCAGAGGGCAGACACGCUUCGUCAAGAAGCAGAGAAGCUCGAGCUGAAGCGAGCGACGCUGAGGCGAGAGCUGUCACAGGCCGAGCGCGAGAGGGAUACCUGGAGUGCGUUCCGGCUACGAGUCGAGUUGACAAGAGCCGACCAGGGCGCGAUGGAGCUGCAUAAGAAGGCAGAGCGGCGGUAUUAUAAGGCACACAACCAAAAGCCUCAGCCACAGGAGAUCGAUGUGCACCGCCUCAAGGUGCCAGAAGCGCGGGCCAGGGUUGAGGAAGCGUUAUAUGGUGCUAUGAUGGCGGGGGUACCUGAGUUGCGCAUCAUUACUGGGCGAGGAAACCAUUCCAAAGGGAAGAUCCCUGCGCUCAAACUAGCCAUCAUAGGUCAACUGCAAGACUAUCACAUUGAAGCGGUUGAAGAUGCCACCAAUCCUGGCGUGCUACUGGUACACCCUCCUGCAAACCCGUCCACAAGUUCUACAUGAGAUGUCCUUGCUUGGUUCAUGUUUUGGUAAUGCUGCUGAAACCAGGGACAUUCCUGGCGACUGAUUUGUAUUCGUCCAAUUGUACUCAGUACUAGUGUUCUCGUGGUCGCCUUCUACCUGUACGCCUGCUAUGAUCUAUCGCUAUCUCGAUCUCUUGUUUUUACCAUCCCGCGU